CUGGAUUUCACGAUAAGAAAUUGAUAAUUUUCAUUCAAGCGAAAAUACACAGGGCACGACGAAGAUCCAGGCUUUUCAGGGCCUCCGAGCUGCUUGUCACGCACACCUCUGUGCAAACUUCUGGUGCUUGCGUCACUUUAUCGAAAACGAAUGAAGGGAAUCAAUACGUGAAAACACGGCAGGUAUUGGGUCCUUUCAUAUCACCCACGUUCCUGAGAUAUGGUUACACUCAUGGACAAGAGAAAGUUGGAAGAAAAUUUAAACGAGAAAUUGGCGUCUGAUCAUUUUGAUGUUAUAGCAGAAGCCAUCACACCGAAAACGUUGGGAGCUUGUAUUACGAACACUUUUUCGAAGGCAUUUGAGGUUAGUGGGUAUCUCAGAUACCAAGCUCUUCAGGACAGGCCUGAUGUUGAAGAACUCAAAAAGUUGGCAAAUUCCGUGGAGGAGUUUACUACUUGUCUCAUUGACCCUCUGAAAACGGACACAAGAGGCAGAGAGGCUUUUGGUGAUUCGCUGGACUUGAUCAUAGACAAAGCCAUAGAGUAUAAUCAAGGAAAGUUCCUCUCCCAUCCAGUUGUCUACAACUUACUCGAAAAAGUAUGGAGAGGUCGAUUUGCAGGCCUGCGUUCGAGGUGCAUAUGGAAAUGGAGAUUGCUAAAGCUCUACAGUCUACUGGAUAUCAUCCUUUUCCCAUUCAUGUUUGCCAUCCUAUUUUUUACCCAUUCCAUCAAUGCAUGGCGAAGAAAGUCGAAGGCUAUAGAACUUUGCUUCAUUCUUAAUGCUAUCGGUAAGAGAGGAAAAGACGACUUCAAGAAGAUGAUAGACUGCAUAAGAUACAUGGUACGAAAAAUUGGCGUCAGAUCCGCCAACUACUGCCUGAUAACUUUCAAGAAGGGAAAGGCUUUCCAACACAUAAGGUUCGACGAAAAUGAAUUAUUGAAAAGCGGUGGUGAGCUUUUACUUAAAAAGCUUGAUAUUCUGGCUCGGAAUCCAUCCGUUAAUUGCAGUCCAGCACUACAUGAUGACUUUGAUCAAGCAUCAGAGGCCUUUGAAAACCAAGCCGCUCUCGGUAUCAAAUCCGAAAAGGUCAUUAUACUCUUCACCAAUGAUAGGACCGGAUCAUUUGGUCCUCAAAAGGGAAGACUGCUUUUGAAGACAAAAUAUCUAACUGAGACUAUUGGUGCGAGAAUUGUGACUGUCGCCGUUGGAGAACGUCCUCUUGUGGAAGAAUUGGAGCUUAUUUCUUCAGAUAAGCAAAUCAUACGUUGUCCAUUAGAAGAUCUGGCUAAACUUGGCAAGAUGUUGCUACGAGAGGUUUACGAGGAGGAUCUUUAUGAUCAAUAUCUUGAUUACUUCACCACACCAUACUUCAUAUUCUUCAGAGACAGCCUUAGCUAUCUGUGUUUGUUGGGUCUCCAUGUGGCGAUCUGUCUCUCGCCAUCUGUUGUCUCCUUCUCCGGGCUGGAGUGGGUAAUCUCGAUAUUCUUUGCCGGUCGCUUCCUGUCCGAAUUUAAAGAAUACGAAAACAGGAAAACGACGAAAAAACUGAAGAAAGACACAAGGCAUUCCGAAAAACAUAGAAGAUAUGUUUAUCAGCAGUCAAUUGACUUGGAUUCACCCAUUGAAGUAGACGAUUUCCUCUCUCAGAUGAGUUUCAGCACCUUAGGAAAAUACUUCAUUGACCGGUGGAAUGUGCUGGACUUCAUCAUGCUUGUUAUUUUUGUGGUCACGUUCCUGCUGCGCAUGAUAACUUGGGGUGUGUCCGCUUCUGCGACUGGGAAUCGAGCGUUGGUGAUCGCUGGCUAUUGCUAUGGCCUAAACACUAUGAUUCUGACGUUAAGGGUAUUUGGCCAUUUGAUGGAGGCGAGCAAGGUGACAGGCACAACACACAUAGCUCUUAUGAGCAUCAUUGAAGAUGUGGCCACAAUUUUCUUCCAGUUUCUGGUUGGAAUCCUUGCGUUUUCUCUGGCAAUAAGCAAAAUUUAUCUUGCCGAGGAUUCAUUCUUUUCAAGUGAGGAUAAACUAGAGGCCAAAAGGGGCAAUAUGCAGUGUGGCAGCUCUGGAUUAUACUGUUGGUGGGUAAUUAUCAGGCAUCUUUGCUGGACGUUGCUGGGCGUGACAGAAUUGGAGCAAUUUAACGCUGGCAUGGAAACUGCUUCAGAUUAUCUGGCUCAAAUUUUGUAUGCAGUAUUCAUUAUUUUCGCUCUAAUCCUCCUUGUGAAUAUGAUGAUUGCUGUCCUCUCCAAUACAUAUGAACGAGUCCAGAAAAACUCUUUGAAGGAGUGGUCUUUCAAAAGAGCGGUAACAAUUCGUACCUACAGGGACUACCAUCCGAUUCCGGUACCGUUAAACUUGGUAUCCCAGCCUGUUCUGGCAUUGCGAAAGGGAUCGAAAUACGAACUUCGAGAUAAAUUGGACAAUGAGAUAUUACAGAAAAAGGAGGAAGCCUUAGAUAGCAUGACUGAAAAGUUAAAAAUGAUUUAUUUUGCGAAGCAUGGAUCCACAUUUCCACUAUCAGAUGAGAGUAAAGUCAACACCAUGCUGUCAGAAACGGACAGAAACCGGGAGAUGUGCAAUCAGAUCGUCAGACAAGUAUUCCCCGAUCCCAAUCAAGCGGAUCAUUGUCCCGUUGGACGAUCGGCAUGGAAGAGUCAAGGAAUUCAUAUUGAAGAUUACAUGUUAACCUACGUCGGCCCAGAACUUUGUAGCAGUUGUAAAAUUUCACCAAAGGAAUUCCAUGGCGCCAGAUACAAACAGCCGUUCUCCGUAGAUUUCCCCAAAUUUGAGGUGGUGGUUCAAGAAGGCGGAACCGAGAGGGACGUAGUCGUUGGUGUGGUUCGUGGAAAACAUGACGUGCACAGAGCCGCUGGAGAUGUUCGCCAUACUGUCGGUUAUCAUGCGUGUAAUGGACUUAUUGUUUACUGCGGUGCCUCUGGAAAACAGACUUUUGAAGGUCCUGUGGUAUAUCGAGGGGAUUUGAUUGGCUGUACCGUAGGUUUUGAUGAGAUACAAGAUGGGAAUAUUCCAAUUUUCUUCUCCUUAAAUGGACAGAUAGUGGCUCAGAUUUUGGUGGAGUUAGGAUCUGAUAAAUUAGAUCUUUACCCUUUUGUUGGAAUGAAGCAUGGAGGAAUUAGAGUGCUGGCGAAGAUGUGUCCAGGGGAGGUCAAGUAUUCAGAAAGACCGCAGUCCUCAAACGGCUCAGAUGACGGGUUCGGUACGAUGUUCAGUGAGACUGAACGACGUAUGAUUUUAUAUCAAACGUUUGAUUCUGUGGAAGAGAUAAAAGAGACAAACGAUGCUCUAGUGCAGUAUGUGCACGACAAGAUUAGCGAAACAGCAGAUAAUGUAAAAAAACACAGGGAAAGCAUAAAAAGCAUUGAAAGUACUAUUGAAAUUCAAAAUAAGAAGAUAGAACACAUCGAAAGUACCUUGUCUGAGAUUCUAAACAUUGUUAAAGUAAAACAGUAAAACUGAGGCUACCUGUGGCUAAGAUAAUUAACAAAAAUUUCAAGCUAUUGAAAGUUCACUUCGAGUUUAGCCAAACUUUUGUUACCUUGUGUGUCCUUUUUGACCUUAAAAGGAAUCUCCUCGUUAAAAUCAGAUAAAAUCACUGCAGCUCUUCUCUAUGUUAUGAACGUUGUCAUGGCAAUCAGAAAGGAAGGGAAAAGAAGAAUAUCAGUCAAUAAAGGAGCGUUUUAACUUCUCAA